AUGGAGAAAGGCGCACUGUCCGAAAACGCAGAGACUACGGCGGAGGACAUCUCCAAAAUACGGGAUGAGGAGCUGCUGAAGUGGGGCAAAGAGGAGCUGGUGCGGCGGCUGCGGAGGGCUGAGGCAGAGAAGAGGAGCGUCAUCGUGGAGCACGGCAAUCUGAUGCGGGAGGUGAACCGGAGACUCCAGCUGCAUCUGAACGAGAUACGAAGUUUGAAGGACGUGAAUCUAAAACUGCAGGAGGACAACCAGGAGCUGCGAGACCUGUGUUGUUUCCUGGAUGACGACCGGCAGAAGGGGAAGCGGGUGUUACGGGAGUGGCAACGUCUGGGCCGCUACAGUGCCGGUCUGAUGAGGAAGGAGGUGGCUAUUUACCUGCAGAAGCUGAAGGAGCUGGAGCAGCGGCAGGCAGAGGUCGUCCGGGAGAACCUGGAGCUCAAGGAGGUGUGCUUCAUGCUGGAAGAGGACAGGGCUGCGGCUGUGACCGAAGGGGUAGGUGGUGGUAUGGGUGGGCAGCUUGGCCCCAGCUGCAGGAGCUCCAUCGACAGUCAGAGCAGCUUGUCUCAGCUUGGCGGAAGUGUCCCAGUGCCUGGCCUCUUGCGAGACGUUGGUGAUGGGAGCAGCACCUCUAGCGUGGGGAGCACAAACAGCCCUGAUAACCCCCACCACAAACCCCCUCCCCAGGGCUCCAGCGUCAUUCCCGGAUCUGAGUCGAGCUGUGUUUCGUCAGAGCUCCCCCACAAACCAGGAAAUGUGUGUCAAUCAAUAAACAGGAGGCACAGCACCACCUCAGAGUACCACACCUUCCCCCAGUCCUGCCGGCCACGUGGGGGGUCCCUCACUAACCUGGACCCUCACAGGCUUUGGGGACACAGCCCAGAGAAGCACAGCAAGUCUCCCACCAGGCUACCUUGUGACUCCCACCUCAAACCCUGCAGUUCCGACCUACUGGCCCAGAAACAGCUGCUGAUGUCAGGGCAAGCACCACCUGGCUGUGGGAAGGGGACAGCCAAGUCCAGCCCAGACCUGAGCCCGAGAUAUUGGCAGGUUAACACAGCAGGGGCAGGCCGUGGGAGUCCUGAGGCCAAGCAGGCAGCAAUGGGGGUGACUGAGCACCUUAGCAAAGGGCGGGUGAUUGUGGGGAGUCCUGAGUCUAUACGGCACCACUUUGACUGUCAGCACAGCCCUGGGGCGGAGCACAGCAAGGGGAGGUGUAACAUUGGCUUCCCCGGCAGGGACGGGGAUCAGAGGAGGGCAGUGGGGGAGGAGAUAGCCCCCCACCACCACCAGAGUCUGUACAACGCUCUGAUAUCUGCUGGCUGCUGCACCAAUUCCUGUAGGAGUAUAAAACUUUGGGACAGGUGUGGCUAG